CGGAGCCGGCGGAGGCUCCGUUGCGGAUGGUGGUGCCGGCUGCUGGCUGCUGGGCAGCCGGUCUGGGUGGUGGCCCCGGCGGACGGUGCAAGGUGACCGCAGCGUCGACUCCGGUGGACAUUCUUAUCGGCUCUUUGGCUGAUGACAGUGUGCGGCAUGCCGGCGUUCGACCCUGACGACUGUUCGUCAGCCGACGCUCGCAGCAUUCAGCAGCGGAUCGAUCAGCUGAAGUUGGCGGCGCUGACGUCCGACGGCGGCUCCCGGCCGGGCGGCAGCAGGGACGGCAGCGACUACGGCCCGCUGAACGGCUCCGGCGCCCCCGACAUGUCCAACCCCGACUGCCUCGCGGAGGGCGGCGACGCCGACCCGGUCAGGUACAGCGUGGACCUGCAGUACCAGCCGCAGCAGCAGCAGCAGCAGACGGCCGCGCCGCCGCAGCAGGCCAACGGCCAGCAGUCGCAACUCAUCAGCCGCACGCAGAAGCAGUCGACCACGCAGCAGGUGACGACCGUGACCAAGGUGUUCCGAGAGGUGCAUCACAUCGGGCCCGACGGCCGGGUGAUCGACCCCAACCAGAGCGGCGAGUACUACGCCGCCGCGCCCGACUACAGCCCCUACGCCAUGGACCCGUACCGGCCGGGCAGCCCCGGCAGCGAGCAGGACUCGCGCCGGAACUACGACCCGUACGCUGGCCACGGCUACCGUGACUACGAGCCGUACCCGCCGCCGCCCGAGUACGCGUACGGCCCGCCCGGCUCCGACUACGGCGGCUACGGUGGCGAGCCGUCGCGCGGCGCCGGCGGCUACCCGGACCGGCCGCCCACGCCGCCGUCGCCCAGCGACCGCAGCGAGAGCCCGCCGCCCGACAAGACCAGCCAGCAAGGCUACCCUCCCGCGGGCCACUACCCGCAGUCCGGCUACGACGAGCUGGACUCGACGCUGAUGGCGUCACGCGGCCAGGACCCGUACGGCCCGUCCAUGCUGCCGCCAGGACACGAGCCGUCGCAGAGCGGCGAGUCGGAGCCGGGCCGGCCGCUGUCGCGCCAGUCGCGCCAGUCGGGCCGCAGCGCGGCGCCGCGCGCCGUCUUCGACGAGGUGAUCCGUGAUGUGGUGCGGGAGGGCGAUCAGCACGCGCGGCCGCCGUCGGCGCUCAGCCAGAACACAGUGCGCUUCCGCGACCCGGACCUGCACGAAGUGAUCAACUUCCUGAGCAACCCGAACAACGUGGUCAAGGCCAACGCGUCGGCCUACCUGCAGCACCUCUGCUACAUGGACGACCCGAUGAAGCAGAAGACGCGCGCGCUGGGCGGCAUCCCGCCGCUGGUGGUGCUGCUCUCGCACGACAUCCCGGAGGUGCACCGGAACGCGUGCGGGGCGCUCAGGAACCUGUCGUACGGCCGCCAGAACGACGAGAACAAGAGGGCGAUCAAGAACGCGGGCGGCGUGCCGGCCCUGAUCCGGCUGCUGCGCAAGACGCCUGAGAACGAGAUCAAGGAGCUGGUCACUGGCAUCCUGUGGAACCUCUCCUCCUGCGAGGAUCUGAAGCGGACCAUCAUCGACGACGGCCUGACGGUGCUCGUCAACUACGUCAUCAUCCCUCACUCGGGCUGGAACCGCGGCAACGCCCACUCGGAGCCCGUCAUGGACGUCUUCUGGUCCACCGUCUUCCGCAACGCCACCGGCGUGCUCAGGAACGUGAGCUCGGCCGGCGAGUAUGCGCGCAAGAAGCUGCGCGAGUGCGAGGGGCUGGUGGACGCGCUGCUCAUGGUGAUCCGUUCGGCCAUCGGCAAGUCCAACAUUGACAAUAAGUGUGUGGAGAACUGCGUGUGUAUCCUGCGCAACCUGUCGUACCGGUGCCAGGAGGUGGAAGACCCCAACUACGACAAGCAGGCGAUGCCGGCGCAGAAUCGGCCCGGCGCCACCGUCGCCGCCACGAGAGACCCGGGCGAGAACGCCGGCUGCUUCGGCGGCAAGAAGCGGCGGGACGGGCCGGCCGGCGGCGUGGACACGAUGCCGGCCGGCGGCGCGCCAGGCGCCGCGGCCGCGCGCCGCCUCGCGCCCGUCAAGGGCAUGGAGCUCCUCUGGCAGCCGGACAUCGUGCAGCCGUACCUGAGCCUGCUGUCCGACUGCUCGAACCCGGAGACGCUGGAGGCGGCGGCCGGCGCCAUCCAGAACCUGUCGGCCUGCUACUGGCAGCCGAGCGUGGACGUGCGCGCCGCCGUCCGCAAGGAGAAGGGCCUGCCCAUCCUGGUGGAGCUGCUGCGCAUGGAGGCCGACCGGGUGGUGUGCGCCGUCGCCACGGCGCUGCGCAACCUGGCCAUCGAUCAGCGCAACAAGGAGCUCAUCGGCAAGUACGCGAUGCGCGACCUGGUGCAGAAGCUGCCGUCGGGCAGCCAGCCGCAGGACCAGGCCACCUCGGACGACACGAUCGCCGCCGUGCUGGCCACGCUCAACGAGGUCAUCCGGGGCAGCGCCGAGUUUUCGCGGUCGCUGUUCGAGCUGGAGGGCGUGAAGCGACUGCUGAUGAUCACGCGCCACCGGCACCGCUACAGCCUGCGGGUCAUCAAGUUCGCCGGCCAGGUGCUCUUCUCCAUGUGGUCGCAUCAGGAGCUGCGCGACGUCUACAAGAAGGCCAACUUCAGGGAGGCCGACUUCGUCACCAAGUCGGUGGCGGCCAGGAACACCAACCCCAACUCGCCGAGCAACACGAACAGCACGCUGAACCGGCCGAUGGCCAGUCAGGGCGGCACCAAGUACGAGGACCGCACCAUGCCGCGCGGCGCCUCGGCCGCCGGCGGCAACGGCACCUACGGCCGCCGCGCGCCCGUCGCCGCCGACGCCGAGCAGAUCGCGCUCGGAGACCUGCCCGGCUACGAGCGGCGCGCGCCGCCGCCCGGCGGCGUCCGCAUGUACCCUCCGGUCCCGCACCGCGAUGCUCAAUAACUCCACAGCGGGCCGGCAGCCGGGCGAACCCGUCUACGCCCAGGUGAACCGCGACAAGAAGCGCCAGCAGGCCGGCGCCGGCGCCGACUAC